GGAUCGCCUGAAAUGGAAUUGAGCACAUGAGGUAUCUAUCGUGGCGUUACUCUUGAGAUAUCAUGAAAGAAUGAACCACUCUAUGAACACAAUGUCAGACACUAUAGAACAGCCAGCCAUUGAUAGUUGCAAGGGGUAUGAAGAAACAGCAACUCACUUGAGAGUAUAUGGAGAAGAGCAUCCUCGAGGUAGUCUUUCCGAUACGAAUAGUUGCGAAAGUUCUUAUAGUUUUCAUGAAGAAGUGGAAGGCCUUCUCUUUCAGUCACCGUUAUAUAAUAACUGGCAGGGGAGGAAUGAGACUCUUCACUCUAGUUGUACAGAAAAUGCGUCGGACUCAAAGGUACGGAGAGAACAGGCCCGUUUAGAGUUUUGGUACACUUCAGGUUAUCAAAGUGGCUUUGAUUCAUACUCUCAAGAAGAAGAUUUUUCAAAAAGCUUUUCUGUGGAGAACCAUGUAGUAUGUCCCGACCUCAACAACGUGGAAAUGAAACGACAGUGCUAUCCAAUGGAAGAUUACGAUGAAGAAAGCGUGGAAAUCAAUUUGGGUUCUUCUACAUAUAAUGGUACAGACAUAUCAUCUAUUUAUAAGUAUAUGCAACAGAGGGAUGAAGCGUCGUUACUGUUGACUAGAGAUAGAAACUCGAUGUACCCUUCCAAUUUUCUAUCUUAUUCGUUCGCAACCGAAGGACAUUCCAAUCGUUCCCAGUCAAGUUGCAAUAAGGAUAAUGUAGAGAAAAAUUCAUUCAAGACGUGCAAGGAGAUUGUAAAAGAGGUGCCUUGGACCCAAUGCGAUGAGUAUUUACAAGAGUGUCAUGACUUGAUGAAAGCGAAUCUUAUGCAAAGUCAUUUGCAGUUGCCAAAAGUAAGCUGUCCAUUGAAUGCGACAAGAAGAAGAAAAAGAAGAAAAUCGAAAGCCUCUCCGAAAGAUUUACUGGAACAAGAUGCAUCCGUGUUGUACAAACCUACGGAUUGGUCUCAAUAUGAGUUGAGUAGUUAUCGUAUGGCAGCAUUAGCACGGUAUUAUUACAAGAAGCAUCGUCGAAAUUAUGCAAACAAGGUACGCUAUGAAUGUAGAAAGCGAUUGGCUGUUUAUCGACCUCGCUUGUAUGGUCGUUUUGUUAAAGCAUCUUGUAAUACAUCAAAAAGUGAUGAACCCUCACACGAUUUAGAUAAUAUGUGAUGUUUACCUACUUGAGUGAAGAGAGUUGGGAUUCUUCUUCUUGAUGCAUAAAAAAGAUGGACAACGAUGGGUUGGUUGCAUCCUUUGAAGAAACUUUUGUGGUUUGGAUGAGAUACAUAUCUCUAUUUAUAAGGUAUCUGUUGGGAAUAGUUUUGUCCAUUUGGAUAUCUGUUGUUUUGGGAAUAAUAAAUAUUCAUAUUUUCCA